AUGGUGGCUGUUCAGGCGCGUGGUUGCAGUCCCGAGAUGCAAUCGGCGGGUACAUGUGGCCAACCGGCACGCCCUGGUGCCGGAAACAAACAUUUUGAAUUCGCUGCAUGCAAGUCGCAUGUGGCACCAGAGGUUUGCGCCACGUUCGAGUUGGAGAAGGGUCGGCACAUUUGGGCCGUCGACGGACACCUGCCCGGCAAGGCUCCAGCAUAUUUCGUCACGCACACUGUCAUCUGCGGACAGAUUCCUGCCGUCCUGCGAGCAGAGCAUCUCACGUACGGCUUACUGCAGAGCAAUUGGGACGCAUUUGCGCGCGCUUCGAUCAAGACAUCAGCCGGCAUCUGGCAUCGUGAUUGA